AUACGCGCAUGCGCAAUUCGCCCCCUAAAAUGGCUGAAAAGGAGGAGAAGGAGAAGGCCAAGGGAGGCAAGAAGGGCGAGCCCAUGACGCAGGAGAAGAUUGUCUCCACGUUCCAGAAGCUUCGCCAAGAGCAGAGGGCCAUCGUCGGCAAGAUAACGGAGCUGGAGGGGGAACACAACGAAUACAAACUGGUGGUAGAUGUGUUGAAGGGAGUGGAGGGAGAGAGACGGUGUUUCAGACUGGUGGGUGGAGUUCUGGUGGAACGAACUGUCAAGGAGGUUCUCCCUGCAUUACAGUACAAUAAUGAACAGAUAUCCAUUAUAGUGACAAAACUACAUGAGCAGCUAGAAGUGAAAGGUCGCGAGUUGAGCGAAUUUAAGGAGAAAUAUGGCAUCAGGUUCCAGGGAGAGGAGGAGAGAGAUAAGGACUCUAAACCCUCCCCUGACAGCAAGGCACAGGGUGUCCUCGUCUCAUAG